AUGAAACCCAUGAUGGGCUUUACUCUUAAACUAAUGGCUUGUCUGAUGCCACGAGUAGCCCUUUUUAAAAGUGGGAUUAAAGGAUUCAUUGAAUUCAGUUUUCCACCACUGGUCCAAGCAAUCUUCAGCGGUGAUCCAGAGGAGAUACGGAUGCUCAUCCACAAAACAGAAGAUGUGAAUGCUCUGGAUUCUGAGAAGCGAACCCCGCUUCAUGUGGCUGCGUUUCUGGGAGAUGCAGAGAUCAUCGAACUCUUGAUUCUGUCAGGAGCUCGUGUAAAUGCCAAGGACAACAUGUGGCUGACCCCACUGCACCGGGCUGUUGCCUCCAGAAGUGAAAAGGAGCUGUGGGCUUCACCUUGGAGCUUGAAGGCACCUGGCCCGAGGAGGGGAGAAACUGAGGCAGAUACUGCAAGUUCUGAAGACGCACCAGCUAUGCCCUGUGCCAACAUGUGGCUCCCGCUGGUCGGUGACGACGUGCGCAAGCUGCAGCAGGGCCUGGCGCCCAGCACACAAUCAGCCUGUGCUUUCAUCUGUGCGUUCCAAAAUGCAUGAAGGUUUCUCUUGUGGCAAACGGGACUGGGGAGGGGAUCCUGAGAAAUGUAGUUCGAAUGUAGGCUAAGUUGACACAGUA